GGAGAGUUCAAAAGUCAAGGGGAAACCAUAUUGCUGUGGAGUACUUGUUCUCACACUGAGUAACAAGAUCCUGGAACCGACUCCUUAAAUUGAUCCAUUCAAGAGGGGCUUGGAAAAGCAAAGAAAUUUACUAGAAAAAGAUUAAUAUAGGCUGUAGGCCUUCUUUUCUCAACCAGUAAAACCGAAUCUUGGCCCUUGGUUCGAGGUCGAAUGGCAAAGCGGCUAUUUUAAAUACCAUGCGGAAAAUGUGGAAUUAACGUAUCUAAAUAUGGCAGUAACACUUCAUACGGAUCUGGGCGAUUUGAAGGUUGAGCUAUUUUGUAUGCAAGCACCCUUGGCUUCUGAGAAUUUCUUAGCCUUAUGUGCUUCGGAUUAUUAUAAAGGGUGUAUAUUUCAUCGUAAUAUCAAGGGAUUUAUAGUACAAACUGGAGAUCCAACUGGAACAGGCAAAAAUGGUCAAAGUAUAUGGAAAAAGAAAUUUAAAGAUGAAUUUCAUGAUUCUCUGAGGCAUAAUGCUCGAGGGAUUAUAUCAAUGGCCAACAAUGGUCCAGAUUCAAACGGAUCUCAGUUCUUUAUUACCUACAGCAAACAAACUAUGUUAGAUAUGAAAUACUCAAUUUUCGGCAAGGUUAUUGAUGGAUGGAAUGUUUUAGAUGAGUUGGAACGUGCACCUGUUGAAGAAAAGACUUACAAACCUUUAACGGAUAUUCAUAUACAAAAUAUUACAAUUCAUGCUAAUCCGUUUGCAGAAUAAAUUGUCGCCCAAACUGCAUUAGAAUGUGUGUAAAAUGAAAUAUAUUAUGUAUAUAUGUGCCCUAUGAAAUAUAAAAUAAAUGUUUUGAUAUUUUGAUUCUUUUGUUGUGUUGUUUGUACUGGUAUUAUUGUGUAUGUCGCAUUCUCGACUUGUAUACUUUAGGUGGCACUUUUUACUUUUACUUGUCAGACUAUAGAUUCUCUAACAAUAAUUUAUUCUACACACUGCUUAAAGGAAAGGGAUUUAUAUGACUUGGUGUUAUUAAGUAAGGAAGUUGAACGGAGGACACUUAGAACAUUUAGAAAAGAAACCAAAUUAAUUGAAGAAAUAUAUACCUUUUUGAUUAGUCCGUCAUUGACGGCUCUACCUUGUGAGUCAUUUAACGUCUAAGUCAAGUCAGUUUUGGGGAAUGAUAUGGGUGGGUAGGGAAAAAUCAUUUGUAAGACUUUGUAUAUAUUAUGCGGAAGAGGUUGUACGAAUUCCUUUCGAAAGCACAGAUUUCAAAAAGAAUCCAUAAAACCUUUAUCUUUGCCGUAACCAUCUACAUAAUAUGUACAGAGUUUUACAGAUAAUUUUCCCCUAUCCUUGUUACUAUUAUUUUAACAAGUUAUUCUAUUAUGCUUACUAUUACAGCUAGUUUAAUUGCCCUAUUUUUAUCUAGGUAUCCUUACUUAAUGCAUUCCUCUGUU